AUGGGGAGAAACGACAGGGUGAAAAACGAUGAUGAACAUGGGUCAUCAAAAAAAUGGUAUUCUUCACCAUCUUUGACAGUCCACAACAGCCAGCGAACACAAGGGUUUUCUUCUUCCACCGUCAGCUUCUCAAACUGGUUCCUGAGGGCUCCAAUAAACCCAACAUUGCAUCACUUGGAUAGGCAGAAUCCGCUUAUGAUUUAUGAGAGUUGUAUUGAUGAUCUAAAAUUGCAAUACGCAGGGGGUUAUUUGUGA